GGAGAGAUCAUGUCGGAGCACGGUGACAGCGACGUGGACGCGACGGAGGAGAUCAAUGUGGAUGACUCGGAUUCCCGAAGUUGCAGUCCGCAAAAUUACGUCAGCCACGAUGGCCGUCACGUGUCCCAGGAGACCUCCGAGUGUUCCACUUCGCCACCUCCCAGUCAAAUCGGCGCGAGGACGCUGGCGAACAAUCCUCCCCGUAGCCAUCCGUUCAGCAUAAGUCGUCUGCUGGGCGAAAGCGGCGUCCAGAAUCCUAAGAGCCCGUCCUCGGAAGAACCAGACAGCGACAAGGAGAGGAAGUGGUCUUGGGAGGAGGGCAACAACAAUAACAACAACAACAACAAUAACAACAACCAAGCAUCCUCGGGUGGGGUUCUCGAUGAUGGCAGGCGGUCUUGGGGCCACGACGCCGAGGAGAAACUAUCGGAGAAGGACGACGACGACAGUACACCCGACACUCGCGCAAAUUCUUCCUCGUCCGUACAUUGCACGUCGGCAGCGGAACUCCUCGCCCCCUUCCGCGUCUUCACCACCGGUAUUCCCGCCGCCGGUUUCAUCUACACCACCGGCGGCGGCAGCGUCAUAAGGGUACCGGCGCACCGGCCACCAGGCGCAAACGGCGCGUCGGUCAGCGCUUUACCCGCACAGGCGCUGAUACCACCCUGGAGUUUGCAGGCCCUUCAACACAGCCAACAACAAGCCGCGGCUGCCGGUCUGCACCGGGCGAGCCUCCUGGCGAACCUCGCUGCGCACCCUCUGCAGGCGCACCCGCAUCUCAAGGACAGACUGGCAGUGGCUGGACCGUUUCCAAGGCGGAUCGGUCAUCCCUAUCAGAACCGGACACCACCGAAGAGGAAGAAACCGAGAACGAGCUUUACCAGGCUGCAAAUCGCGGAACUGGAAAAACGCUUUCACAAACAGAAAUAUCUGGCCUCCGCCGAGCGGGCGGCGUUGGCGAAGUCGUUAAAGAUGACGGACGCGCAGGUGAAGACCUGGUUCCAAAACAGGCGAACGAAAUGGAGGAGACAAACAGCGGAGGAAAGAGAAGCCGAGAGGCAAGCUGCGAAUCGACUGAUGCUGUCCCUGCAAGCCGAGGCCCUCGGCAAGGUGGCAUACCCGACGUCGGUAUCUGGGCACCCGGGCAGCACCCCGGUGUCCAGUUUGGACAGGCAGCAAGCAUCGACGACGACUCUGACCCAUCCGGUCGGCCAAUGGGCUUCCCCUUACGGUCCACCGCAGCCUCUAACCGAGCCGAUUUGCUGAAGUGCGACGACGAUCCGAGAGACUCUCGUCAAGUGAAUUCGUCUUAUCGUCUUAUCCUCCUCGUUCCUCUCUGCGU